AUGUCAAUAUCAAAUAAUCGAUCUUUGGAAAGAGAAAUUUUCUAUAAUUGUACAUUGCCAAGAUUUGGUUCGUUAUGUCAAUAUGAAAUUAACUAUGUUCAUGAAAAACAUUCAUCUCUAUAUGAUAUGAUCAAUGAUUACUAUGAAGAGCGAUACUUCAAUCCUGAUGUAAACUGUUAUACUCAUUUACAAUGUAAUCGUGGUCCAUCACCAGCUUGUUUGGAUUGGACAGAGAUUUGUGAUGGUCAAGUUGAUUGCAUCGAUGAUAAAGCAGAUGAAAAAGAUUGUUGGAAAAUUGAAAUUCAUGUAUGUCAAGAUGAUGAAUUCCAAUGUUUGAAUGGACAAUGUAUACCUAUGGCUUUUAAUCGUGAUCAUGAUACUACUAAUGAUUGUGCUGACACGACAGAUGAAAAUUUUAUGAAACUACCAGAAUCGUUGACCUUCAUUUAUGAACAGCCGUCAUUUAAAAAUGAAGAGAAUCAAUUUCAUCCACUACCCAUCGGAAAUGUUAAUUUUGGUAUGCGUCGAAGCCAUUUAUUUCAAGCUUUAUUUUUGGCUAAAGAUAACUCUACGUCCGAAGAUUGUUGGUCAGCCCUUAGAUCUACAAUCAAACAAUCAAUAUUAACUCAUCUGAUUCCAAUAAAUAAUGACAAACAAAAUGAGACAGAUGAAACAGAAUGUGAACAAUGGCCAUGUAAUAACAUUUAUACUCAAUGUGAUGGCAUUUGGAAUUGUCCGAAGGGUGAGGAUGAAACCGGUUAUUAUUCGUUUACAACAUUGAAUUGUUCAUCAAAUCAACAUUUAUGUGUGUUGCCUGAUACAAAUCAAUUUACAUGUAUACCACUUGAAAAAAUAAAUGAUAACAACAUCGAUUGUCUUGGUGCUACUGAUGAACGAACACUAUGCCGAAAAUACGACCAUAUAUACAAUAAUGGAAAUUUCUUAUGUAAAAACUCAAGUUCCCAAAGAUGCAUGCAUGAGAAAGAUUUAUGCAACGGUCAAUUCGGCUGUGAAUAUGGUGAUGAUGAACAAUUUUGUAUGAAAAAUGGCAUCUAUGGACUGUCCUGCUCAUAUAACAAAGUUUCUCUUUCUGAAGUUGAGCAAUUUUUCUGUGAAGAAUCAACAAAAAAACGCAAAUCAUUUAUUAAACACUUUUCAUUAGAUGGAUUGACCGAACUCAAUACGGAUAAUCAAACAACUAGUAUUAUACCAUCAGGAAUUAUUCGACGUCCACAGCAAUAUGAACUUAUGAUGAACAGAACGAAUCCAUGUUCUCGAGGUAUUCAAUUACGCGUUUGGCUCAAUGAGCAAAAUAAUUCAACAACAAAUACAUGUCUUUGUCCGCCUAGUUAUUAUGGUGAUCAUUGUCAAAAUCAAAAUCAACGUGUCAGUUUAACUAUGGCAUUUCGAGUAAUGUCUGAUUCUCGAUCAACAUUAUUUGCAAUUAUAAUCUCAUUGAUCGAUGAUAGUGAACAAAAAAUUAUUCAUUCAUACGAACAAUUGAGUUAUUUAUCGGUUAGAGAUU